ACCUCCUUUGUGGAGAGACCGUUGGGGGAGGGGGCCGCAGAUUUGGCGCUGGAAGCGGGAAGGAAGCGUUCUGAUGGUGUCUUUCGCAGCAGGAGGGUGACUGGGGAGGGCGCUGGAGGCCUGGCGGCGCUGGAGCUGAGAGAAUGGGUGUUACCUGUGUUUCCCAGAUUCCAGCAGUUGAGGGGAAGAGUGUUCAGCAAGCAGUGGAACUGCUUACCAAAAAACUGGAAAUACUGGGUGCUGUUAAGCAGGGAACAUUUUGCGUGGAUUGUGAAACCUAUCAUGCAGGACCAACUGUGACAAUCCCAGGGCAGGCUGCAAAGUUCAUGUAUAUUAUGCACAACACGGAAUACCCUCUCAGCUGCUUUGCUCUUUUCGAAAAUGGCCCCUACUUGGUGGCAGACUCAAACUUUGACACGCUAAUGAUCAAACUGAAGGGGUUUUUCCAGAAUGCAAAAAGCAGCAAGAUAGAGAGCCGGGGACCUCGCUACCUGUACGGUGACUUCCUAGUAAAGGUUGGGACAGUCACAAUGGGACCCAGUGUACGUGGCAUAUCUGUUGAGGUGGAAUACUGCCCUUGCAUUGUAUCCAAUGACUGUUGGAAUCUCAUGAUGGAAUUCAUGCAGAGUUUCAUGGGAAGUCAUACACCAGGAACUCCUUCUGUGUUCUCAUCAAAACAUGAUGGGGUUUAUACACCGACAGACACGGCUAUUCAGUAUAUGGAACUGUUCAAUAAAAUUCGGAAACAACAACAGGCCCCAGUAUCCGGAAUUAGAUAGUCUGCUUUGAUGUAGAAAAUCUGCGUUAAGCCACAUAUGGACUUCAUACUUUCUAUGUUUUGUUUCAUUUUUAAAAAUGUGAAGCUGAUUCUUACUAGAUUGAAUCACAGUAAGAUCACAUUUUCAAUAUGGAAUGUCUUUGGAUUCACUCAAGGUGCUACAAAAAUGUUACACAAUACUUCCUGUUUAAAAAGAGUGGAAUGUGGAGUAAAGAAAGAUGGUUUCCAUCUCUGCUGAUAGUGGCUGCUCAACAUUUGGGUGGUGGUGUUCUAAACUGACCUGCAAAAUUUCCCUGUAAUUAAUUUUAAAUCUCCCCCAAACAAGGCUUGUGUGUACUCCCUUGUAUAACUGCAGCGUUUUGGGGCCAGGAUCAUUCAAUUAAAAAUAGGCAGAGUCCUGAUGUGAUGAAUUCUGCUGACUCAAGUUUGCAUCCACAGCUUUCGCAAUUUCAGCCAUACCACUGUGAAAGAGUGGAAGCCAGUUGUUCACAAGGAUACAGGGAAGAUUUUCAGGGAGUACAGCCCUAUCUGUCCUCACGCAUAUCCAGUGACCAAUUUGUAAGUCACAUGAGUGAUUGGUUGAAGACAGUGUGUAAUAUUGAAGUCAUAAGCAGCAGAGGAAGAUGCAAAGAGUGGAAAGGUCUCUUGCUCCUGACAGCAAUAUAACCCUUAAACAAAAGCAACGCUGGAAAUCUGAGAUGAUAACUGAAAAUGCUAGACGUUCUCAGCAGGUUAGGCAGCAUCUGUAGAGAGAGAAAUAUUCUGAUGAAAGGUCAUCAAACUGAAAUAUUUACUCUUUCUCUCUCCACAGAUGCUGCCUGGCUCGUGUGUUUGCCUGCAUUUUCUGUUUUGUUAAAAUAACCUUUAAUGUCUUCCUGUGCGACUGCACAGACAACCAGCUCAAUGAAAAUAAAUUGCAUUGCUUUAGAUUAGAACUGAAAGGUUGCAUUGGUCUUUGUAACUCCUUUGUUAUGAUGGUUUAAUAGGUAAAUGCACUUAGUGAGCUUUAUAGCUUGGCAGUGUUAGUCACUCAAAGCUUGGUUAGUGUUAAAAUCUAAGCUGAAUCAAAAGCACUGGCACAUUUAGUCUCAGUGCUGCCAGGCUGGGAGGGAGUUUAAAACAAUGUACAGCUAGUAUUCCCAUUUUUGAUCAGUCGAUUGACUCCCAAUGGAGAACUUGCAUGUGGCCUUCUGGAGAGGGCAAGAUCUAACUGUAAUGGUCCAUGUGACCAAACAGCCUGCUGUGGUUUGCUCAGUAGAUUUACACAUGAAUGGUCCCUUGUCUGAGGUACCAGCAAGAACUGCUGGUGCUGUGUGCGUUUCUGAAUUUUGGCUGUUAAGUCUUUGUACAUUUGUAUCCACUGCUGAAACAGUCUAAUGAAAAUGUUUUUAAAAAUGAUUAAAAGAAUUUGAUGGGUUAUCUUUUUGCUUGUUGAGUGACUGAACUUUUUCUCUUGUAGGUGAUUACAAUUUAUACCAGUAUAAUACCAGUACAGUGGGGAACAGAGGAAAUCUGAUUCAUACUGCACUGAGUCUUUGUAUGCCUUAAUUCCAAAGUACAUUACAGCUCUCUGUACUCCCUUGUUCAAAGCUAUCCCAGACUGUGUUAUAUAGCAUGUUGCAUUUCUGUAUAGCAGUUGAUGGUUUUUAUCUGUUUGUGGAAAAAAUAAUUCAUUGAUGGGCCACACCACUUCCCUACUGCCUGAGGUUGAGAUAAUGUCAUAAACCACAAGAGCAAACCUUGAAGUGACUUACUAACUAUGUCAAUCUUGGGAGGUGUUGAUGUUCUGAAGCCCUUUCAAAAAUGUUAUAUUUACAGUGUGUCUAACCUAAAGCUUUCCUCCUCAUUUUGAUGCUGCGGAUUGCUGGAACGGAACUGUUGGAUUUAUGAUGUGAUAUUGUUUCCCACGUGGUCUGCUGAGCAGUAAUGAUGAAAUUUAUUUAACUGAACAAAUAAGACAAGCCAAGCAACCUGUCUGCAGAAAACAAAACAAAAACUGUGACUAUGCUGGAAAUUUAAUACAAAAAUAAAAUGCUGGAAACGUUCACAUUGUCUACGAUGUGUGGAGAAGCCAGUUCUGUUGCAUGUCUGAA